AUGCUACAUGAGCCGGUGCUCGUGACCCCGCUUGUUGGUGAUGGUGAUGUUGAUGCGCCGCUUUCUACUUAUGCCAACGUGGAUGGAGACGGCUUUUCUCACGUUUUAGCACAGGAAAAGCGAUCCCAUGACCGCGUAGAUGCAGUUUGGCUAUGUCAAGACACGCUCGAAUAUGCUAUUGACCGCGAUCCACCUGCAUCGCUGCAUGGUGUGCCGGUAGACCUGGCCUGCGUACGUGAAUGGCACGUGCGUAUGUGUCCCGGUACGCUCAUGCACCCUGCACAUGCAACACUCCUUGACGUGUUUGUGAAGCACCAUGGUGGACAGGAAAUCCAAAGAGGCGGCAGCACUAGCGACAGCAAGCGAAAAGGCAUCGAGUGCGAUGAGACAUCGCCUAUUCUGACCGUUCCAUUGCUGCAAGGCACUUCAUCAUGGCUGCUUACGUGCCUCGCAUUACCGAUUGUGCAUGUUGAUACGCGCCUCUCGUGGAGUGAGCGGCGACUUGUUCUUCGUAUGGACGUUUUGUUAUCGCAUGCCUGCUUCGCACCACAUCCGCCUUCUACAGCAGAUCAGCUCCGAACGAUCGUUGAACAUGCAAAUCAGUUGGCCGGAACUUUCUUCUUGUCACAUGCACAUGCUAUCGAUGAGUUGUCGGGCGCGACCCUCGUGUAUGAGAGCCUAUGCCGACGCGAGCGUGAGCGAAGUACACAGAUGCCUCCUGCCGAGCAACCGCGUGCCUUGCUCGCGACUUUAUUGCCGUUCCAGCGGCGUUCAGUCAGCUUUCUACUUGAGCGAGAAGCUCCGCCUUCUGAGCGUCGCACAUUGCGCACGGAGUGUGGGCCGUGGUGGAUUCACGCCGGUAACAAAGCUGGCUUGUAUUUCAACGUUCUCACAGGAGAAUUCACCGUCGAUGCAACAGCUGCAGUUGGUGUGGCUGGGGACGUGCGGGGCGCAAUUCUUGCAGAGGAAAUGGGACUGGGAAAAACGAUCGAAGUUCUCGCGCUCAUUCUCGAGCAAGCCGACCCACACCGGCACGAAAAGCAUGAAGCGUACUGGGAUGUGCAGAACGAAGUGUGCGUGCAGCCAAUCGGCACAACGCUCAUUGUUUCGCCCGAGACACUCCGGCGCCAGUGGCUUGAUGAGGUUGCGACAUAUGCGCCAUCGCUGCGUCUAUAUUCGUACACAGGCCACAAGCAGGCAUCUGAACAUCGCGGAAGAACUGAAACGUGGGGUCAGUGGGCUAGUCAAUACGAUGUGAUGGUCGUGUCGUUUGAGGUUCUUGCACGCGACUUGGCCGCGUCGCAUGCCGCGCCUGUGCGUGCGCUUCGGCAUCCAUCGCGAUAUGAGCGUCCACGAAGUCCGCUUGUGCAGCUCGAGUUUCUUCGUGUGGUGAUGGAUGAGGUCCAGCUGGUUGGUGGGAAUGCCGCCAAGACCAUCGGCAUGAUCCGUCGGCAACGCAGCUUGGCCGUGAGCGGAACACCAGUGCGUCGGUUGGCAGAUCUACGUACUUCGCUAUGGUUUUUGGGACUCGUACCGCCGUCUAUGACAACACCGCGUGCUUGGAAGCGGAUUCUGAGUGCCGAGCUUGCGCCCUACGUGUGCGAGCUGCUGGCGAAUGUCGGCAUCCGUCACACCAAGGCCCAAGUCGCGCAUGAAAUGGUGCUUCCUCCACAGACUCGCUUCCUCGUACCGGUGGACUUUACGCAUGUGGAGACAGCCUUUUAUCGUGAUGUGUGGCAGGCCAGUCUGGCUGCGCUCAAUCUUGAUGCGGACGGCGCUCCCAUGUCGGACACGUGGGUCCUUGAUACGGGUAUAUUACGCUCGCAAUUGCUCCGCUUGCGCCAGGCUUGCACACACCCACAAGUCGCUAUGCGUGGUGGGCAUGUACUGGGAGCAGCCGACCCAAGCAAUGCCAGUGGUGGAAGUGCAUCAGCAGGAGCAUUAGGGUCUGUCGAAGCAGCGGGAACGUCAAAUGUAGCAAGUGGUGCUAUCAAUCUUCGCAGCAUUGAGCAUGUGCUUGCACAGAUGAUCGAGGCCUCACGCCUUGACUUGAACACGCUCAAGCACGCGCUCAUAUCGCGUCGCAUCUACCGAGCGUCGAUCCUGCUAUUUGCUCCGGCUGACGAGCUCGCGUGCAACCACCUGUUCUCGAGCUCAGGGAAGGGCUCCUCCGAGGCGGACGAAAAGAAGGACAUUCACUCGCACGAUCGCUUUGUUGCCGCCGAUGCUACGACGAUGGCUCCUUCUCCCGUCACUGCCGCUACUACCGCGCUCAUGGAAGACGUGCGUACUCGUGAUCGGCGAAACGUGGCACGUGACCAACUCGAGACGCUCCUCGCCGAGGCCCAGGCUCAUGUUGAUGCACUAAACGAGGCGAUCCGAGAAGCGCAUGUACGUGGCCCGUGGUACGUCCUCACAGAGGCCGAGCAGGAACAGCUUGCUGCAUACGCACAGGCCGCAGAUCCAAGUGGACCUGCGCUGCCGGACGCACCGAUCCACGAAAAGCUCCGUUUACGCCAACAGUACGUUGGAGCGCUCAAGAGUCGGCAGCGGCACUGGCUCCAAGUGUUGCAUCGGAUUCAACAGUUCUCCGGACAUUGUUACUUUCAGCUCGGCCAGAGUAUCACAUCCAAGUGUGGCGGCGAACCUGCUGGCGAGCAUCUCGAUAACGGUCUUAGCAACGUCAACACAGGGCCGUCUCCGUCGCCUUAUAGUGCAUUGGAAGACACAGCGUACCAAGCUGCCGAGCUGACGCGACAACAGCUGCUGGCUGACGCUCGCAUGCAUGUCGAGCAAUGUGCGAGUGCAUUGCAAAAGCAGGUGGUGGAUGUCGACCAGCUUGCACAAGUGAAGAUGCCGUCUAUGACCGGACUUACGGGACGAGCAAUUUUGGACGAUGUAGCAGAGCGAGUGCAUAUGUUACAAGCGCAUGCCGAGCUCAUCUUGGACUGGCGGGCACAAAUUUAUGCGCGGCUCAUGAAACCAGUGAAUCGCGAAGUGAAUAAGGCGCGGGAAGACGAUGACGUGUACGCCGAGAACCUUGAUGCUCAGAUUGAAGCAGAAACACUGCUGGAGAUGUACCGACCACUCCUUGCUCAGCGCGACGAGCUCUUAACGGGGCGCAUCGCUCUGGGCGCUACAGCGCGGCCGCAGCUGUUCGUGGAACUAGAUCGCGAGCUUCGCUCAGCUCGUUUGCGACGCUUCCAAGUCGAGCAUGUCGACGAAGGUAUUGGCGAUGCAUACGACACUGAUGGCAAAGGAAAAGGCGACAAAGACGAAUUCAGUGAGCAAGUGCGACAAACAAAACGACUACAGCUCAACCACUUUCGAACUCUUGAAGAAGCGCGCCGUUGUGUAAUGCUGCCGCCGUAUGCACCGCCCCUUUCGGCACUUCUUUCUGCGAUACGGGACGUGCGGGAUUCUUCCUUGCAUCACGAGGCGCAGCUUCUUGCGUCGAUGCAUGCGGCUGUACAGACACUCCUCCGUGAACAGCAGCGGCAUCUUGAUGCUUUGCGGCGGGAGCAGAUGCUAUGCCAAGCUCUGUUUAAUGCACGUGCCAUGUACUUCAAACAGGUGCAAGAACUGUCGGACCAGGUACAGGAUCCAGUAAUGCCCAACGGUCCAUGGGCGAGUAUUAGCACAUCGCUUGCGCAGGAGCGUACUCUGAGGCAAAAGAUCGGCGCAACUGAGGGACGACUGCGGUACUUGGGUCACGUUCAGCUUAUGCAAGAGGCUAGCACUAAGUAUCGCCAUCAGAGCGGUAGCACCGGGGGCACUGGCACGGGCGACGCCGACACUGACAUCGAUGCAGACGAAGCACGUCGCUGCUUCAUAUGCACGAAUCUCAUCGAGACAGGCAUCCUAACGAAUGCUUGCGGACAUCUGUGCUGUGAAGCAUGCUUCCAUGCAUGGCUUUCACAUGGUCACCGGACAUGUCCCAUGUGCAAAACAAGGCUGGCGCCUAGGGAUGUGCACCGCGUCGUAUAUCGCACAGCGACGACAUGGACUGGGCCUAGCGCCUCAUCUGCGUACACAUCCUCCAACACGUUUCAAGUUCUUCCAGCAGAGAUGCGGCAAGCUCUCGAUAACAUGGCACUCGAAGGUGGGAGCGGCAGCAAGCUGGACCUGUUAAUUCGCCACCUUGUGCAUAUUCAGUGUACCACGGGUGAAAAGAGUCUAGUGUUCUCGUCCUUUGCUCGAGGCCUCGACUUGGUCGCUAGCAACCUCGAACGGCAUGGCUUGGCCUAUGCACGUGUCGACGGCACGGGAGGAAAACGCUCGAGCGCCGCGGUCCACGCAUUUCAACACAAGCCGGACGUACGUGUGCUGCUACUGCAUAGUGAGGCACAGUCGGCAGGGCUCAACUUGCUUGCAGCAACGCACAUGUUCCUGCUUGAGCCACUGCUGAAUCAUGCUAUGGAACUGCAGGCCAUUGGACGCGUCCAUCGCAUCGGGCAGACACGACCCACGUACGUUUACGGGUACAUGGUGCGUGAUACUGUGGAAGAGCGUAUAGUCGCUUUGGCUGCGGAGCGAAAACAAUCAUUAUACGUUUGUGCGCAUUCCCAUCGUGAGAGGGGCGACACCACAACUACGCAUGAUGAACAUAACCAUGAUGGCGUCGAUGAGAACCGGAACGACAGCGAUCGCAUGAACGCAGAAGCCGAGGAUAGUGCAUUGCUCCAGGCAGCGCACGACGCUGCAGCGCGAAACACGACGCAAGAGAUUAGGCGCGGUGAUUUGGUUGGCUCAACGAACGAUCUCUUGGCAUGUCUAUUUCCUCAACACCUUGGCAGCGCACCGAUGCCACCAUCGAUGAGUGAGAGCGAGUGA